GUUCUUCCUUGAUGGCACUUAGAAAUUUUCCAAGUAAACACAAAAAGAAAACGAAGAAAAUCAUACAAGGAAGCUUCCAUUUGAUAAACUAACCCCUAGCUCACAGAUUAUUUAGCCAAGAAAAGAUGCGUUUUUGUCUACCAUUUUAACUUCAAAAUACAAUUGCUCGAGAAGAGAUCGGAGCCGGCAUGAUCCGAUGGCCCCCAUUUGAUCGAACGAGACCGAUGUGCACUCCCAACUGUUAGAUUUCACAUGAACAAAGCAUGGUUGCAUUAAUUUACUUCAAAAUCCAGCCCAUCAUUCUACAGCCCCAUUUAACACUCCUAUUUUUCAAACAUAUCAUGCUUAUAGCAAGAGCCCCUCUACCCCUUUUGAAUACUCUCUGGUACUUUUGGUUCCCUCCAAUUUUAUUUCCAGGCACUAAGUGUGUGAACUGGCCCAUGCAUGGAUUACCGUCCCUUCUCCUUAUAUAACUAUGAUAGCCAUGGUUGGGCUUUUACUUGGUGGGCCCAACUACACAUCCAACGGCUGAUCGGCAUUCUUGGGUGGGCCACAAACAUGCAUAUGAACGUCGGGACCGGAGGGUGCAAGAAGAGGAAGAGGGGUGAUAGGGUCUUUACAUUCAAGACCUUCUGCGAUCCUGGCCAUCCGAUCGAUUUCGAUGGCCCAUUCCGACAGAACAUCUGGGCCCUUCUUGAAUUCGGGCGCACCGAGAGAGGUUUGAUCAAUGGGAUGCAAUGUUGGUCGUUCCGGCUUGAGGUCCAUCACCAUCCGACGGUCCAUGUGUCGUUGUUCAUCGUUGAAGAGCCAAUCGAGACGUCCAUCAAUCGGCAUUGUGGCCACUGUCGAUGUGUAGGUUGGGGUCACCAUAUGAUCUGCAAUAGGAGAUUUCACUUUGUGCUGCCUUCAAAGGAAACUGCUCCAGCGGCAACAUCAUCGAAGGUGUGCUCAGACGGCGUAAACUGCCAUGAGGCGACAGAAUCAACGGCCACGAUGAAGCCGAAUUUGGUGGAUGUACAAGGUCACCUGAUGCAUGGUGUGAUUCACUCCAAUGGUUUCGGUCACUUGCUUUGUGUGAACGGCAUCGAGGGGGGCUCGGAGUUCAUUCCUGGCCAUCUGAUCAUGGACUUCUGGGACCGAAUAUGCACAGGCUUACGUGUAAGGAAGGUGAGUGUAACAGACAUUGCAAAGAAGAAAAUCAUGGAACUAAGGUUGAUCCAUGGUGUGGCCUACGGCGAGCCAUGGUUCGGCCGUUGGGGCUACCGGUUCGGCCGUGGAAGCUAUGGUGUCACUCACCAAAUGUACCAAAAGGCCAUCCAAAUGCUCCGAUCCGCGCCAUUGAGCUUGCUCACUCAUCAUGUCACUGACCCAACUCGACAGAUCUCGGCCGUCGUAGCUCGAUACCAAACAAUGUCAGGCCACUCCAUGCAAACACUAGGCCACUUGUUCGCUUACAUGCUCGAAUUGUGCAGCCACAUCCGUCUAGAGAGUCCAAUUGUGGCUGAUCAUCGCGGGAUCAUGACCGAGACGGCCUGCAGAUGGUCCUCCAAGCGAGUAGAGAUGGCCAUUUGGGUCAUCGUCGAAGCUCUAAGGAAGACGGAUUUCAAGUGGGUGUCGCGGCAAGAGGUCAGGGAUGCGGCCCGCAUGUACAUCGGCGACACGGGGUUGCUCGAUUUCGUGCUCAAAUCACUUGGAAACCAUAUUGUAGGGAAUCACAUUGUCCGCCGCGCUGUGAAUCCAGUGACCAAAGUUCUAGAGUAUUGCUUGGAAGACAUCUCUAAUCCAUUUCCUAACCAUGAAGGUUUAUGGCUAACCGAUUCGAAAACAAAGGUGGCGCGCUUCCAUGUUACAAGAGUGCAACUCAUGAAGGACAUGUACUACUUAUACAAGUACAUUCUCAAGGAUCAAAGAUCAACGGCAGGGAUUCUUGCAGCGGUCCCCGCUGCCGUAAGGAUAGUACUCGACACAAAGCACUUUAUCAAAGACUAUAGAGGUGAAUUACCAAGAAAAAUUGAAGUGGGCUGGGGCGGAGAGACACUUAAUAUCUUGUGCACCGUCUCGUUGCGAAGCGAGCAAGAGAUGGAAGAUGAGAGAAAGGUUUUUCCACCGCACGAACUAGUCAUCUUGCCAGCCCACGCGACGAUUCAAGAGCUAAAGAUCGAAGUGGAGCGGAGCUUUAGAGAUGUCUAUUGGUGUUUGAGGAGUUUCGUCGCACAGUCGAUCGUGGAAUUCGAUGGUAGCAGCGAUACAGAUUUGAUCUAUGGCCUAAUUGAAUCGGGUAGCAGUCUUGUGAUUAGAGGGAGGAAUGCGGAGAAUGUGAUUAGUGGGGGAAUCUAUGAAGGUAGGAACGAUAAUUGGACCGUUGAUUGCCUUUGUGGGGCCAAGGAAGAUGAUGGUGAACGGAUGAUAUCGUGUGAUAUUUGCGAGGUUUGGCAGCACAGACGGUGUGUUCGAGCUUCGGACGACGGUCCACAGAUCUUUGUGUGUAGCCAAUGUGAACAUAACAUAUUUAUCACCCCUCCUCUUCUCUAGUGGAAAUCCUGAGAUUUGCUAAUCCCACACAUGCACAGCUGCGCCACAUGUGUGAAAAACGUAUACGUGUGCAGGAUACAAGCCGCCCAUCAACUUGGCCCCACCAGGUGGGCCCGAAAAUCGGGCUGGCUAACUCAUCACACAUAUCUGUCUUGGAAAUUGAUGGAUGGCUUAGAAGAAGCCGUGCCUUACCUGAUCUUCUACAAAACUGAUUUUUUUAAGUCUGGGCAUUUACAUGGUGGGCCCCACUUGAUGGACGGAUUGGAUCUAGCACCCAUGUGCUGCCUUAUCCACGCAUCUGGGAUUAGCAGAUCUCUAUAUUUCCUUAUGAGUAGUUUACUAAGAUGACGCUUGUGUAUGUAGGAUGAUGUGGUUUGGUUGUUAUACAGUUAAGA